AUGUCGAACAACCGUGUUUAUACCGUGGGCGGGGGCUCUCUAGACAUCGUUGGCGAUCGUGAUGUUAGUGCUGAUUUUAUGUUGGGCACGCCACAGGCUACAGGAGCACUCGUCUGGGUUCAGAAUACAUACGCAUCCCAAUACAAUCAUGCUGUUCGAUGUUGGGAAGCAUUUGAUGGUGCCAGUAAAAAGAGGCGAAUGCAUGGAGGUCAUCUAUUAUUAUAUAGAUGGCUUAUAUUCGCUGUUGUCAUUGUCUCGUUUGUGUUGGGUGGUCUGAGUAACCAAGUUCAAGCCUAUAUUGCAUUUCCAAUCGUUGCCACAGUGAUCUAUAUGAAUUUGACCAUAUGGAAUUGGCAUGUAUUUUGA